AUGGUUCGUGACGGUAGAGACGCCGACGAUUCUUCGGCAACGAACCAAUCAAGGCGCCCUCCUCUCAAUCGCGACGAGAGCGAUUCAACAAACAGCGAUCAAACUCACCGAGACCAUCAUCAUCAGCAUCGCUCCAAGCAGAAGCACGUCGUCGGCACCGGCCGCCUACAUGCACGCGUCCCCUCCUCAAAGGCAUUACACAAGCACCAUGGCUCGACUGCCUCCAAACUGAACCACCGCCGACACGCAUCCCCCUCCCCCGAUCGAAAUCGAGCAGCCGCCGCCGCCGCCGGCGGUCAUCGUCGAGUCCAGUCCGAAGCGAAGCUUUCCCGCGACAGUUCUUCGGCAAACAUCAGCAAGACCGCCUCCGCCACGAGUUUGCGCCGCAACAAAUCCCACAGCGAAGUGAACAAGCCUGCCAACAUCAAGUCGUCGGAAAAGCUCAAAAGGACGGGCUCAAAUUCCGCCGUCAGCAAGGUCAAGUCGCAAAAGUCACAGGUACACUUUGAUCUGGGCAACGACGGACAGGAAGACGACUGGGUCGACGCCAGCACCUCUGCCUCUCCCUACCUGUCAAGACGAGGAUCCUUGGCCAGCACACAGGCCUCGGCCAAACCCGACGACAAUAGCAGCGCGAACAACAGCGUCAACAGCGUAAACGACAGCGCAAAUAACAGCGCAAAUAACAGCGCCAACAAUUCGAGAGCAGAUGCCCCCACGGCGCACCCUUCCUCCCUAGCUGCGGCGACUCCCGAUUACGAUACUGUCCAGCACAAGGAGUAUCUGACUUCGAGACUACUCCAACGCAUCCCGUCACACGGCGCGCCUCCAAAGAUGACGACAGAUACCGCCACGGCUUCACGGCGGGGCGACUCCCGCUCCCCCGACUCAAUCGGCCGCGGUUCGACACUUGCCGAGUCGCAUAACGUCAGUACUUUGCCCAGCUCCGGCGACGAGCUUAUUUCGAGGUUCGUCAACGCCGGAAGCUCUGGCGCCGCCCGCGAAGGGUCCUUUUACCAGCCCCCCACGCCGCGGCCGUCCAGCCUCGGGUCAGAAGCAACCCCCCCACGGAGGCCGCAGUCCUCCAGCUCCGGACGCCCAGGUCGGCAGGAAAGAUUGCAAGACCUGCCACUGUUGGACGAUGAGGCAAGUGAAGUCCGUGGCGAGACUGACGGCACAGCGCUCGCGCCACGGUCCGCAAGGCGCUCCGCCCCGCCAGCCGAGAAAUCACGCACGCAGCAGAAGCUCAACCUGCAGCGGGCCAGCUCCGUCAUCGAACCCGGACAGGCGGCGGGAGGGGGCGUGGGCGCGGUGGGCGCGAGUCCCCUGGUCGGCAUUGGGGGGCCGGGCUAUGACGGCGGAGCGAGCCGGGACCCGCGCGUCACGAAGCAACUGGAGAGGACGGGGAUGGAGUACCUCAGUGUCCGCCGGUUCCAGAACCCCGUGGUACGCUCGCUCGACCGUCUCGUUCAGGUGAACCGCGCAAACAAGAACCAGCGGAUACCCCGCACCGGCACCGCCAACGGCAACGGCAAGGCCGCCUCGAUGCGUGGAGGCGUCGUACCGGGACAACAGCAGCACAUGCGGAACUCGAGCCUCAACGAGUCGGCGCUAGCCGCCGCUUCUGGCGGCACUGGAUCCGCCCGGAGACCGGUGACGCCCCGUGCCUACUCCAUCCGGACCAACGGCGCCGGGUCUAGCUACGAGGCCGACCACGACGACCACCAGAGCAGCCGGGCCCUGCACGAGGGAACCGGGGUGCAGGGACUGAGCGGAUCGAGCCUGGUGGGCGGCGAGGAGGACGAGGGCGUCACGGCGCUCCUUCGUAACCUGUGGGAGAAGAACCCGGACCUGAGCGCCAGUCAGGAGUAG